AUGUUGUUCAUUUUCCUAUCAUUGUUGGAAUUGGCCGUUGUUGGGUUCAUGUCACGAAACGAGGGCUUGCCUCCCAAGAUUAAGAAAAAGCGAAAACGAGAAGAUUCCGACGAAGAAUUCUCUUGGAAAGGGAUUCAAUCGAGUCCACAUCUUGAGCUACGACAGUUUUGGGUGGACAAGCGAAUCAACUCUAUUCGUAACAGCUCGGACUUGCCAUCUGAAGAACCACCCGGACUUGAGGAGCCGUACCAACCAGUACAAAGAAGUCGUCCAGAACGCAAUUUACUCUCAGCGAUACGGAAAUGGUGGAGGAAGAGCGGGCCGCUAAGGCCAGAAACAGUUGACUUUUACAGGUAUGCUGUUUAUUGCUUAUCGAGCGAUUAG